GGUUUUGUCGGCGCAGGGUAAUGCGCAGAGCGGGGCCGGCGCUGUCCGAGGCGAGUAGGCAGCGUUGCAAGGGGAAGGACCCAGAACCGCGGCGGGAGCAGCGACUGCGUUGUAGCUGCUGAGCGGUCUGCAGGCCCACAGCCCGCGAAGGCACUCUUGGGGGCGUGUGGCUCUGAGGUGGCCAGGGAGGUCGCAGGCGGCGGCCGGAGCGCAGAGGAGCGGCUUCAGCCGGGCGGAGGGGUGUGAGCCCGGCCCGUGGCGGCCACGUCUCCCGGGAGAUGCUGUGACGGACCCGCACGGGAGGAGCUCGCGCCUGGCCUGGCGACCCGGUGGACUCGGCCCGCGGCGGCGCGCUCACCCGCCCUGCUCAGUGGAAGUAUGCGAGACUUAAGAGCUCAAGUGACUAGUGGUCUCCUGCCAUUUCCAGAAGUGACUCUUCAAGCCCUUGGAGAAGACGAAAUAACAUUAGAAUCUGUGCUUCGUGGAAAGUUUGCUGCGGGGAAAAAUGGACUUGCUUGCUUGGCUUGUGGCCCACAACUUGAGGUAGUAAACUCUAUAACAGCAGAGCGAUUGUCUGCUUACAGAUUCAGUGGAGUCAGUGAACAGCCUCCUGUAGUUUUAGCUGUGAAAGAAUUUUCUUGGCAGAAGAGAACUGGAUUAUUAAUAGGAUUGGAAGAAACAGAAGGGAGUGUUCUCUGUCUUUAUGACCUUGGAAUAUCAAAAGUAGUUAAAGCAGUUGUUCUUCCUGGAAGGGUAACAGCUAUUGAACCUAUAAUUAAUCAUGGAGGAGCCAGUGCAAGCACUCAGCAUUUACAUCCAAGUCUGCGAUGGCUUUUUGGAGUGGCAGCUGUGGUCACUGAUGUUGGACAGAUCCUUCUUAUUGACCUAUGUUUGGAUGACUUGUCAUGCAAUCAAAAUGAAGUUGAAGCAUCAGAUCUUGAAGUUCUAACUGGUAUCCCAGCUGAAGUACCACACAUUAGAGAAAGUGUGAUGAGAGAAGGGCGCCAUCUGUGUUUCCAGUUAGUAAGUCCAACAGGAACAGCUGUUUCAACUCUUAGUUACAUAAACAGGACAAAUCAGCUUGCUGUGGGUUUUUCUGAUGGCUAUCUAGCACUUUGGAACAUGAAAAGCAUGAAAAGAGAAUAUUACAUACAGUUGGAAAGUGGACAAGUUCCUGUCUAUGCUGUCACUUUUCAAGAACCUGAGAAUGAUCCUCGGAAUUGCUGUUACUUGUGGGCUGUUCAGUCUACACAAGAUAGUGAAGGGGAUGUUUUGAGUUUGCAUCUGCUGCAGCUGGCCUUUGGUAAUAGAAAGUGUUUGGCAUCAGGACAAAUCUUAUAUGAGGGGUUAGAAUACUGUGAAGAAAGAUACACCCUGGACCUGACAGGUGGCAUGUUCCCUUUGAGGGGACAGACGAGUAAUACCAAAUUGUUGGGAUGCCAGAGUAUAGAGAAAUUUCGAUCUCAUGGUGACAGGGAGGAAGGCGUGAAUGAAGCUCUAUCUCCUGACACUAGUGUUUCAGUCUUUACCUGGCAGGUGAAUAUAUAUGGACAGGGAAAGCCUUCUAUAUAUUUGGGGCUUUUUGAUAUAAAUCGUUGGUAUCAUGCACAAAUGCCAGAUUCAUUAAGGUCAGGAGAAUAUCUACAUAAUUGCCCUUACUUUGCACUGUGGUCAUUGGAGUCUGUUGUAAGUAGGACUUCUCCACAUGGCAUCUUGGAUAUAUUAGUACAUGAGAGAAGUUUAAAUAGAGGAGUCCCUCCUUCAUAUCCACCUCCCGAGCAGUUUUUUAACCCAAGCACUUAUAAUUUUGAUGCCACUUGUUUGUUAAACUCAGGAGUUGUUCAUUUAACUUGUACUGGCUUUCAGAAGGAGACUUUGACUUUUUUGAAGAAAUCAGGGCCAUCACUCAAUGAAGUCAUUCCUGAUGGUUAUAAUCGAUGUCUUGUAGCUGGCCUUCUUUCCCCAAGAUUUGUUGAUGUUCAGCCUUCCAGUUUAAGCCAAGAAGAACAGUUAGAAGCUAUAUUGUCAGCAGCAAUUCAGACUAGUUCCCUGGGACUUUUGACUGGUUAUAUCAAAAGAUGGAUAACAGAAGAACAACCGAAUUCUGCCACCAAUUUGCGCUUUGUUCUUGAAUGGACGUGGAAUAAAGUCGUUCUCACAAAAGAGGAAUUUGACAGACUGUGUGUGCCAUUAUUUGAUGGUUCGUGUCAUUUCAUGGAUCCACAAACUAUACAGUCUAUCCAGCAAUGCUAUUUGCUUCUUAGCAAUCUUAAUAUAGUCUUGAGCUGUUUUGCAUCAGAAGCCCGAGAGAUCACUGAGAGAGGACUGAUAGACUUAAGCAAUAAGUUUGUGGUUUCCCACCUCAUCUGUCAGUAUGCACAAGUGGUUCUUUGGUUCUCUCAUUCUGGGCUUUUACCAGAAGGCAUAGAUGAUUCUGUGCAGUUGUCAAGGUUAUGCUACAACUACCCUGUAAUUCAGAACUACUACACCAGUCGUCGACAGAAGUUUGAGCGUUUAUCAAGAGGGAAGUGGAAUCCCGAUUGCUUGAUGAUUGAUGGACUGGUUUCUCAGUUAGGAGAGCGAAUUGAGAAGUUGUGGAAACGAGAUGAAGGAGGCACAGGAAAAUAUCCUCCUGCUAGUCUGCAUGCAGUACUUGAUAUGUACCUAUUAGACGGCGUUACUGAAGCAGCGAAACAUUCUAUUACCAUUUAUUUGCUACUUGAUAUUAUGUAUUCCUUUCCCAACAAAACAGACACUCCCAUUGAAUCUUUCCCAACUAUAUUUGCCAUUUCUUGGGGCCAAGUUAAACUUAUUCAGGGGUUUUGGUUGAUAGAUCAUAAUGACUAUGAGAGUGGUUUGGAUCUUUUGUUUCAUCCAGCUACUGCGAAACCUUUGUCAUGGCAACAUUCAAAGAUUAUUCAGGCAUUCAUGAGUCAGGGCGAGCACAGACAAGCCCUCAGAUAUAUUCAGACAAUGAAGCCAACAGUGUCCAGUGGUAGCGAUGUUAUCCUUCACCUCACUGUUUUGCUUUUUAAUAGGUGCAUGGUUGAAGCCUGGAGUUUUUUGCGGCAACAUUGCAAUAGGUUGAAUAUAGAGGAGUUACUGAAGCACAUGUAUGAAGUCUGUCAGGAAAUGGGCUUAAUGGAAGAUUUACUGAAGUUACCGUUCACAGACACUGAGCAGGAAUGUUUAGUGAAAUUUUUGCAGUCCAGUGCCAGUGUUCAGAGUCAUGAAUUCCUUUUAGUGCACCAUUUGCAGCGUGCCAAUUAUGUGCCUGCCUUGAAGCUGAACCAAACUCUGAAGAUUAAUGUUAUGAAUGAUCGUGAUCCUCGUUUGCGGGAGAGAUCACUGGCUCGAAAUUCUAUAUUAGACCAGUAUGGAAAAAUCCUUCCUAGAGUCCAUCGAAAAUUAGCCAUUGAACGAGCUAAGCCUUAUCAUCUGUCAACAUCAUCAGUUUUUCGAUUAGUUUCUAGACCCAAACCAUUAUCAGCUGUUCCAAAGCAAGUUGUAACAGGAACUGUGUUGACAAGAUCUGUUUUCAUCAACAAUGUGUUAUCUAAAAUUGGAGAAGUUUGGGCAAGCAAAGAACCUAUAAAUAGCACCACACCUUACAAUAGUUCUAAAAUAGAAGAACCGUCUCCUAUAGUGUAUUCGCUCCCAGCUCCAGAGCUGCCUGAGGCAUUUUUUGGAACACCAAUUUCAAAAGCAUCACAAAAAAUUUCUAGACUGCUAGAUUUGGUUGUUCAGCCUGUCCCCCGGCCUUCUCAGUGUUCGGAGUUUAUUCAGCAAAGCUCCAUGAAAUCUCCUUUGUACCUAGUAUCCUGUUCACUGCCCUCAAGUUCGCAAUUAAAAGGAUCGCCUCAGGCCAUCUCCAGGGCUUCAGAAUUACAUUUGCUUGAAACUCCUCUUGUAGUUAAGAAAGCUAAAAGUUUGGCUAUGUCAGUUACUACUUCUGGAUUUUCUGAGUUCACUCCUCAGUCCAUCCUGAGGUCUACUCUUCGAUCAACACCUUUAGCAUCUCCCUCUCCAUCACCUGGAAGGUCUCCUCAACGACUUAAAGAAACUAGAAUUUCAUUUGUGGAAGAAGAUGUCAACCCAAAAUGGAUUCCUGGGGCUGCAGAUGAUAGCAAAUUAGAAGUAUUUACACCUAAAAAAUAUGCAGUUCCAGCGGAAACUGAAUGGCUGAAGAGCAAAGAUAGGACCACAUCUUUUUUCCUGAACAGCCCUGAAAAGGAGCAUCAAGAAAUGGAUGUGGGGUCACAAAGUUUAAAGAAACUGGAUGUGAGCAAAGGAAACAGCAGUGUUUCAAUCACAUCCGAUGAGACCACCUUAGAGUAUCAGGAUGCACUGUCACCGGAAGACCUUGAAGAGACUGUUUUCACGGCCUCUAAGCCCAAAAGUUCUUCCACUGCACUAACUACUAAUGUAACUGAACAAACUGAAAAGGAUGGAGAUAAAGAUGUAUUUGCAUCAGAAGUAACUCCUUCAGACCUGCAGAAACAAAUGGGCAAUUUAGAAGAUGCAGAAACAAAGGAUCUCUUAGUUGCAGCAGAGGCAUUUUCAGAAUUGAAUCACUUAAGCCCCGUUCAAGGCACUGAAGCUUCUCUUUGUGCACCAUCAGUCUAUGCAGGGAAAAUCUUCACCCAGAAGUCCAAGGUACCAGUGUUGGACGAAGGAUUAACAUCUGUUGAAACCUACACCUCUGCAAUUAGAGCAAAUGACAAUAAAUCUAUGGCCGAUGUCCUUGGUGAUAGUGGAAACUCCUCGCUCACUGUCUCUGAAGGUCCUGUUGUCUCUGAGCGCAGGCUUAACCAGGAAGUAGCACUGAACUUAAAAGAAGAUCAUGAAGUAGAAGUUGGUGUACUAAAAGAAAGUGUUGACUUACCAGAAGAAAAGCUUCCAAUUUCUGACAGCCCUCCUGAUACUCAAGAAAUUCAUGUGAUUGAACAGGAAAAGCUCGACGCUCAAGAUUCAGAAGAGGCUAGGAAUCUUUCAUUUAAUGAGUUAUAUCCCUCUGGAACACUUAAGCUUCAGUACAAUUUUGAUACUAUUGACCAACAGUUUUGUGACUUAGCUGAUAAUAAAGACACUGCUGAAUGUGACAUUGCUGAAGUAGAUGGGGAACUUUUUGUGGCUCAAAGCAACUUUACCUUGAUACUGGAAGGUGAAGAAGGAGAAGUUGAGCCAGGUGAUUUUGCAUCAUCUGAUGUGUUACCUAAAGCAGCUAACACAGCAACUGAAGAAAAGCUUGUAUGCAGUGGGGAAAAUGAUAAUCAUGGACAAGUUGCAAAUUUGCCAUCUGCCAUAACUAGUGACCAAAAGUCCCAAAAAGUAGAGACUUUACCAUAUGUGCCUGAACCUAUUAAAGUAGCAAUUGCAGAAAAUUUACUAGAUGUAAUUAAAGACACAAGAAGUAAAGAAAUUACUUCAGAUACAAUGGAACAGUCCAUUCAUGAAACGAUACCUUUAGUGAGCCAAAACAUAAUGUGUCCCACUAAGUUAGUCAAAUCUGCAUUUAAGACUGCUCAGGAAACAAGCACAAUGACUGUGAAUGUCAGCCAGGUUGAUGAUGUGAUUUCCUCUAAAACUCGUACGAGAGGACAACGUAUCCAAAACGUGAAUGUCAAAUCAGCACAACAGGAAGCAUCAGCAGAUGUUGCUACUCCUAAGAUGCCAGGGCAGUCAGUUAGGAAGAAAACUAGAAAGGCAAAAGAGAUUUCUGAAGCUUCUGAAAACACCUAUUCUGAUGUCAGAGGAAUAUCUCAGAACCCGCAAAUACCUCAAAAUUCUCUUACGCCUAGGAGAGGAAGGAGAAAGAAAGAAGUUAAUCAGGACAUACUAGAAAACACCAGUUCUGUGGAACAAGAAUUACAGAUCACUACAGGUAGGGAAUCAAAAAGAUUAAAAUCAUGUCAGCUGUUGGAACCAGCAGUUGAAGAAACUAUUAAAGAAGAAGUUAAGGUUUCAUCUGUUACAAAAAGGACUCCUAGAAGAAUUAAAAGAUCUGUAGAAAAUCAGGAAAGUGUUGAAAUUAUAAAUGAUCUAAAAGUUAGUACGGUAACAAGUCCUAGCAGAACGAUCAGAAAAUUGAGAAGUGCUAAUUUAGAUGCUUCUGAAAAUACAGGAAAUAAGCAAGAUGAUAAAUCCAGUGACGAGCAGCUGCCUAUGAAACAUAUUAGAAGGAUCAGAGGGAGAGAAGUGAGUCCAUCAGAUGUGAGAGAAGACUCCAGCCUCGAGUCAUCUCAGUUGACUCUUGAAGCAGAAUUUGGUAUGUCUGCCAUACCCAGAAAACGUGGUAGACCAAGAAAAGUCAAUCCAUCUGAAGAUGUAGGAUCUAAGGCCGUUAAGGAAGAGAGAAGCCCCAAGAAGAAAGAAGCUCCUGGCAUUAAAAGGAGAUCUACAAGAAAUACCCCAGCUAAAAGUGAAAAUAUUGAUGUUGGAAAACCAGCUUUAGGAAAAUCCAUUUUAGUGCCAAACGAGGAACUUUUGAUGGUGAUGCGCUCUAAGAAAAAACUUACAAAAAAGACUGAAAGUCAAAGCCAAAAACGUUCAUUGCACUCAGUAUCAGAAGAACGCACAGAUGAAAUGACACAUAAAGAAACAAAUGACCAGGAAGAAAGAUUGCUCGCCACAGCUUCCUUCUCUAAAUCAUCCCGCAGCACCAGGACUCGCUCUAGCAAGGCCAUCUUGUUGCCAGACCUUUCUGAACCAAACAAUGAGCCUUUAUUUUCUCCAGCGUCAGAAGUUCCAAGGAAAGCAAAAGCUAAAAAAAUAGAGGUUCCUGCGCAGCUGAAAGAAUUAGUUUCGGAUUUAUCUUCUCAGUUUGUCAUCUCACCUCCUGCUUUAAGGAGCAGACAAAAAAACACAUCUAAUAAGAACAAGCUUGAAGAUGAACUGAAAGAUGAUGCACAAUCAGUAGAAACUGUGGGAAAGCCAAAAGCGAAACGAAUCAGGACGUCAAAAACAAAACAAGCAAGCAAAAGCACAGAAAAAGAAAGUGCUUGGUCACCUCCUCCCGUAGAAAUUCGGCUGAUUUCCCCCUUGGCUAGCCCAGUUGACGGAGUCAAGAGCAAACCAAGAAAAACUACAGAAGUGACAGGAACAGGUCUUGGAAGGAACAGAAAGAAACUGUCUUCCUAUCCAAAGCAAAUUUUACGCAGAAAAAUGCUGUAAUUUCUUGGGGAGUUUUUAAUGUACACCUAUUUGUAAAGUCAUCAGAAUAGUGUAGAUUAUUAAAUAUCUAGUUUGGAAGAAAAUAAUUUAUAUAAAUUAUUGUAAAUUUUUAUGUAAACAGAAGGUCUUCAAUAAGUAAAGUAACUCCAUAUGGAGUGAUUGUUUCAGUCCAGGCAAUUUUUCUAUUUUAUAUUAAGACUUCAUACAUUUAUAUUUGUAAAUAUGGCUUAUUAAUGGAACGUUAAAUAAAAUGUGUACUUCACAGUCGUUUGUGUCUUGGAUUUUUGAAAGGGAGGGGAUAUCUGUUUAAAUAGUUUUAUAUGCUCAUUGGUCUCAUUUUCUCUAUAAUUAAAAUACUAGACCAGUGUUAAAAUGGGGAUGAUUGAAGUAUUGAUAUUUCUUUUUGCAGUUACUAUUUUAUAAUUUAUGCACUUUGAUUCUGUGAUUCAGAUUUCUAAUCAUAAAAUGUAUUUUUUUGUUUUUGGCUAUGUUAAAAUUGAAUUAUGGGCAUGUAAUUUUGCCAUCUUUGUAGUUUCACAAAUUUUGUGUAAUCUACCUCAAAUGAAGAAUCCAAGUAUUGGUUAACUAUAAUGUUGGCAUCUCUUAUUCAGCAAGCUUAAAGGCUCUUUAAAGUCUUAAUUAGUCAAAGACUAAUCCAGGUUAGAUUGACCGGUUCACUGCUCACUUGCAACCUUAUCAAAGGGUUUGACAAAGGGAAAUGUAAAAUAAAUCUGUUUAUGGAUAUUGAGUGCAUCUUGUAUGUGCCUAAUAUUGAUUGAUAGGAUGAGAUGUCUGAACAAAUUUUUAUAAUAUUGCUGUGAAGGAGCUUGCUACUGAACCACAGAAAUCCCUUAAUAUUCAGGUUUUAAAACUGGCAAAUUCUCACAGGACCUCAGGCACAGAUUAUUGAGGUUGGGAGAGAGAGCGUAGAUGUAGAAGAGAAAAAACACACGCCCUGUUCUCUACAGUACAACUGUGUGCAAUUAAGCAAUGAUACUUGAUGUAGGCUCUAACAUUCAUCAAUAAAUAAGUGUUGUAAAAUAAUUUAUAACAGGUUAGCGUGUAACGAGUGGACUAUUAAUAAUUGAUCAUCUAGAAAUGAACUGCUUUUGUGGGCUAGCUUUUAAUGUUUUAAUGUGAAGCAUACGCAGUGUGCUUUCUGCAUUUAUUUUUCUACCAAAUACGGAUAAUGAGAAAUUGAUGAAAAUGCCUACGCCAAGUGUUGACAGUGUGAAAGUAGCAGUGCGAGUGCGGCCUUUUAGUCAGUCAGGUUAGUGAUGGAUGUUACGCUGCCUUGUUGAAAAUUUCACUGACUUUGAUUUUAUUACUUUUUUAAUGAUAGUUAUCAAACUUGUAUUUAAGCUGCUUGUCAUUUAUGGAAUAUUGAACUUAUUUAAGUGAACUUGUUAAAUGAAUAAAGAGCUAAACAUAAUUCAGUAAACAAUUUUACUCGUUUGCGCAAGUAGCACAAUAAACAUGGAUGCAAUGUAUGUCAAGUUAAUACUUUUUUAAACACAAUCUGGUGAAUAUAGAUGUGUGGUACCUGUUUUUAAUAAAUGUACUUUUUUUCCCCGUGAAUGUAGAUCAUAAGCAAACAAAUUGCCUGUUCUAAAUGAACUUUAUAUAUAUUUUAAAUGAAUGUAUGUACUUAUGUAUAAAUGUCUUUAUAUAGCUUGAAUAAAAACACUGCUCAUU